AUGGAUGCUAAACAUGAGGAUGAUGGCUCAAAACCAUCACUUAUGCCCCCACACCCGCAACUUCUUGCGGCACUUCAGGUUGCCCCAGGCUUGGUUGAUGCGCCCCACAUAUCACAAAUGAGCUUCGGACGCCCGUCUCUGAGCGCAAGAACAGGGACAGCGCGUGGCUUGAAUGACGGCACAAUAUUUCCUGACUCCGACUUCGACCCCACUGUACCACCCAGGCUCAUGAGGAGGGCUGCCCUAGAAAGAGCACCGCUCAGGGGAGUCGUGAGGGUCGCUGUUGUGCUGGUCGACUUUCCUGAUCAGAGGAUGUCCAGCAACGCGGCGCAGCGUUUUUGGAAGUUAUUUUUCUCAUACGGGAAGAUUCCUACUGGAAGUGUCACAGAAUACUUCUCUGAGGUUAGUAACAAGAAUAUAUCCCUGGAUGGUGAGGUAGUCGGUCCAUUUGGUAUGCCGCGAACGCUUCGCGAGUACGCCAAUAGGAACAGUGGGAGAUCGUCAAUGCCUCCAAAUGCUAGAACACUAGCCGACGAUGCUCUCGAUGCAGCAAAGAGUAAAAUCAACUUUAAGCAAUAUGACAAUGACGGGAACGGAUAUGUUGAUGCGUUUAUUGUCGUCCAUGCCGGAAGAGGGGCGGAAGUGACGGGUAGCCGUAACGAUAUCUGGUCCCUGAAGUGGGUUUUGCCCAGCGUUGUCUCCGCCAAUGGAGUCAAUAUAUAUGGGUUUCUCACCAUUCCAGAAGAUGCAUAUAUUGGUGUUUGCGCCCACGAGCUUGGUCAUCUCUUGUUUGGUUGGCCUGACCUCUACGAUAUUGACGAGAGCUCUCAGGGUAUUGGAAAUUGGUGUCUCAUGGCCGGUGGCUCAUGGGGAGGUUCGCCACCUGGUGUUCAGCCUUGCCAUCCAUCUGCCUGGUGUAAAGUGUUCCAGAAUUGGGUUACGGUCCAUACCCCUACUACGGGUCAGAGUAUUACAUUGCGGGACGUGGCAACCAGUCAUGAGGUCUACCGAUUAUGGACAGGAGGAAGUACUACCAGCAAGGAAUACUUUCUGCUGGAAAACCGCGCUUUUAGUGGCUUUGACCGCUCUCUACCAGGGUUCGGUCUGAUAAUCUGGCAUAUAGAUGAUUCAAAACAGGACAACAGUGAUGAAACACAUUAUUUGGUUGCCAUGAAGCAGGCCGAUGGCAGCAACCAACUUGCAACAUCGACUGCAGGCGGAGGUGACCCUGGCGACCCUUACCCUGGGACGGCUGAUAACCGAUCCUUUACAAACACUUCCAAUCCGAAUAGUCAGUCAUAUUCAGGGAGAGCAACCCGAGUCUCAGUGACCAAUAUUUCCGAUGCUGGAGCAACCAUGACAAUGGAUAUUAAUGUUUAG